CUCGACGACGGCGCAAAUCGCGGGCAGACCCGCGGCUUCUGCAUGUCGUUCUCGCACUGCGAUCGCAGAGACCGAUUAAUAAAAGAAACCGUGUCGCGUGUUACGUCCAUAUAAUUUCAGAACAGUUCAGAUUUGGGACGAAAUCGUAAAACCAUGAAGUGCCUGUUGACCAUCGUUAUUCUCGUGACUGUUACCUCGACCAUCGAGGCCAAAACAUUCCAAGUCACGGAACAGGUGUAUUUCGAUAUCAUAAUUGACGAUCAUCCAGUUGGACGAAUUAUUAUCGGUUUGUUCGGCAAUAUUGCGCCCAGAACGGUAAAAAACUUUAUCACUUUUGCUACCACCGGCGUAGCUGGAAAAAAGUAUGCGGGAACCAAAUUUCAUCGCGUGAUAAAGAAGUUCAUGAUACAAGGUGGCGACGUCGAAAACGGUGACGGCACUGGCUCCAUCAGUAUUUACGGCAAAUAUUUUGAUGAUGAGACCUUUGAAGUGAAGCAUAGCGGACCGUUGUUUGUCAGCAUGGCAAAUUCUGGAAAGAACACCAACGGCUGCCAAUUUUUCAUCACCACUAUAGCAGCACCUUGGCUAGAUGAUCACCAUGUAGUAUUUGGAAAAGUUGUCAGUGGUGAAGAUGUGGUCUUCAAAAUCGAACAGACGAAAACGGAUAGCGAUGAUAUUCCAUUGGUGCCUGUAGUAAUUUACAACAGUGGAACUCUCCCAACAGAACAUUAUACUAUAUCAGACAACCCUUACGAUGCAUGGGCGUGGAUCAAAGCGACCUGCGUACCAUUGGGAUUCAGCUUCUCAAUACUCGCAGUUUUCCAUUACAUGAUGAAACAGCUGGAUGUUUAAGCGAUAAUAUCUUAAUAUGGAAGACUGAUUUAAACUGAAAUUACGGAUUGACGCUCUCUUUAUCAUCUAAAGAUCUUACAUUUAUUUUUUUAUGAAAACCUCUGUAAUUAUACA